AAUUCUGCAGGCCAAAUAUACGACAAAGAAGGAGAAGAACCUUUGGCUGUACGGUUGGCUGCUUGUAGCGGUAUAGUUUAUUUAGAGAAGAUACAAGACGUUACAUGAGCACUGGGUGAAAAUUACCAUUUUUGAUGAAUGUAACAUGAUUCUGCAGCAUCUGUAUUAUCACUUCAAACCACAUGUGGUAAAUGAUGGGUCAGCAGCUUUCUAGCCAGGCUCACACCAGCAUCAAUAAGUUACCAGAGAAGGUGGCACGGCAUGCUGCCUUGGCACGAGAGAGUGGUUUUCUCACACACGAGGAGUUUUUGGCCAGACUGGCGGAGCUUAAUGAAAUCACUUCUCAGUUAGUUGCUGGUCAAGUGAAGCACCUGUUGUUUGAACUUCAACCUGGAUCUGACUCUUCUGCACUUUGGAAAGUUUCAGUGAAAAUAGUUUGUACAAAGAUUAACAAAGAAACCGGAGUUAUUGAAGCCUGCAGAAUAAUGAACUUGUACCAGUUCCUCCAGCUUUAUAAAGAUAUAAAAAGUCAGGCUGCGGAAGUUUUGAACAUAAGAAGUGCAGAUCAAGGGAUAUCUACAGAAAUGGCUUCUGAGUCAUCGUGUCAAGCUAGCAUGUUGAUGGGAAGGGUGAAGCAAAUGACAGAUGAAGAGGAGUGCUGCAUUUGUAUGGAUGGAAGGGCUGACCUGAUCUUGCCAUGUGCUCACAGUUUUUGUCAGAUGUGCAUUGAUAAAUGGAGUGACCGGCAUAGAAGUUGCCCUAUCUGUCGAUUGCAGGUUACUUCAGCAAAUGAAUCAUGGGUAAUGUCUAAUGCACCUACUGAAGAGGAUAUAGCAACCUAUGUUCUAAACCUCACUGAUCAAACUGGAAAUCCUCACCAACCCUAAACCAAAAAAAUCUUGAAUAAAAAAAUUAACCAUGUUCAGAAAAAUUAACAAAAUUAUUAUUUUUUUGGUUAAUGUAGGGAUUUAUAACAGAAUAUUUUAUUUUGCUGGUGAUUCAUAUUUAUCAUGGUAAAGAAAGCUGUAAAGAUUUAUAAACCCAAUAGCACUACUAUGUCUGGUUAUAAAAUACAAAAACAUAAAAUAUUUUGAUCACUUAAUGAGCACUGAGCUACUUUUUCACUGUACUUUGGCAAUAUUCAUGUAUGUAAAUAUGAAUUAUUUAAUUUUUUAAAAAACUUUUUGCUAUAUAAAUAUCUGAAUAUUUAGCAUUUAUUCUGUUUUGUUGUAUGUGCAAGACUAAUGUUCAACUUUUAAAACUCUGGUAAUGAAUUUAAAGUUACUAUUAGAUGCAUUUUACUGUAGGUUAUUGAAGCUGUUUUAAACCAUAAUCAAGUAUACUUUGCCAUCAUAAGUAAACUUGGCAUAAUACAAGUUAACAAUACAUAUUUGAAUUGUAAUGCACUAGUAUUGCUUUAUGUCAACAAAUAGUAUAUACUAUGCCUUACAUCAACUGACUACAAUUCUUGUUAUUUUUUCACCAUUUGUUUAUUGUUAAACAGCAAACAGGUUUUUGUAUUUAUCAUACUUUUAGAAGAAAACAUACUACAAAUGAUUAUUAUUCUCUUUCCUAAACAUGGUUUCACCUUUGUCAUGCAGUUUAGUUUGGGUAGCAAAUCAAACUAAAGUAGCAUACAUUUAAUCAUCGUAGUAAUAAGUGUGCAAAACUAAAAUCACAAACAAUAUCAAAGUAUUCAUAUGAUAGUAUGUUUGCCUGAAAGUACUAUGAUCAUUACCAGUGAAGAAUUUCUGACACGCAAGCUACUAAUUCAGCUUGAAGGGGUAGGUUUUCUUAGUAAAGUAAUCAUCUACCAGGCACAUUUCUUCCUGUUUUGUCACUCGGAUGUAGCAUUGAAAAAUAAUGAUCAGUUCCACUAGUUCUGGAUUUUUUCCCCAGUAAUCUAAUGUACUUCCAUUUGAAGAGAUUGGCAUUUAUGUCAAGUAUCAUAGACCCCUCACAACAAUUAAAUAGUAGCAUUUAAUAUUGUGAACAUUUUCAACUUAAUAUUGUUUAUGAAACAAUAAAUGCAGUUUGUAAUGUGAGUUUUACAGAGUAAAUUGGGAUUCUUUCAUUAUUUUACUGUUCAUUCAUUACUAUUCAUUUUUGAAUUAACCAGAGCCAAAGUGGGCUCCCAUGUGGUGUAUUUCAUACAAACUACCUUGUAGUGGUAGGAGACUGCUGCCGUCCCAACUGGCCUCAUCUGAUGUAGGUCACCUUUGUACUUCCUAUAACACAUACCUGCAGUGACAUUUUAUUCUCCUGAUAUGUUUUCUCACAGCUACAGAGAUCAUGUUUUUAUUGAUUUAUUUCUUCAUUCAGAUGUUUUUGCAUAAUUAAUAUUUAAAUUCUCUAAACUGAGGAAAUUGAACCAACUACAUGUAUCUUUUUUUCUGUGUGACACUUGUAUUUUCGAGAGCAGUGUUAUCAUUCUAUAAUCCAUUGAUUUGUGUUGAGUCAUAGGCAAAUGAAAAAUCACCUCUCCUGCUUCUGUUUUAGCAACAUUUUUACAUUGAAGAAAGUGGUAUUUGUCUACUGCAUUGAAGAUGUUUUAUGUAUUAUAAUUGACUACUUGCAUGUACAUUCUCUUUGGGAAUUUUUGAUUUUUCAACUUACAUUAAUGAUAUUAAUGUUUCUGAAUUUCUACAUUUGGGAACUGUCACUACAGUUUAUUUGUUUAUAUAAAUAUCUGUGCUCUUUUAUGUAUGUUUUGCAGUUUUGUGUUACUGUUUAUUGUUUCUAUGUUUGCUUUACUGAUCUAAGCCAGUUUUUAUAGAAUUGCACUGUGUAAGAAUAAACACAAUUUAAUGAUGGCCCUUUUAUGUUGUGUAUGCAUUAAGGCUGCAUUUGUACAGUUCAUGUGAAGGUACAGUAUGAAAUAGGGGGCUGCAUAUUGUGUUAACUCAAAAUGUUCCACAUGCCUGCAAACAAUAGCAUCUUUCACAGUGACAAAUGCCUAUCAGUGGAGAGUAAUAAACACUUUAUUUGCUGAAUUAAAA